AUGUUUUUCUUAAUUAUGUUUAUCAUUAUCAUAUUCGUUGUUGUCACAUUGUAUUUGCCCUAUGCUUCGGGAUUGACAAAACUUGAAGUUGAAAAGAAACGAGAGAAGAAGCAACAGGUGAAGACAUCACGGCCACAGGACAACAUUCAAGAGUCCUACGGAUAUAUUCCCCCAGAUGAGCAAUUCAGAAAGGAUUUUGAGAAAGAAUCAGAAAAUCAUCAUAACUUCAAUGAAAAAUUCCAGGUGACUGCAGAUGAUCUUCCUGUUAGAAUCAGGUUGCAAACUGAAGAUUCGAAUUUAAGAAGAAGAAAUAAAGAGAAAUUGGAUCUUGAUGCUGAUCCCAAUAAAUAUGAUUACGAUCUUGAUGAGCUCAUAAAUAAAGAGAUAUCUCAAAGUGCUGAAGAACAAAAAAGGGAAUUUUACAAAGACCAACAUCUCGGAGGCGAUAAAGAAGCCAUGGUUUAG